AUGUCCCUAGCCCAGCAUGUUUCGUCAGUUGAAGGCGUCGACGAGGAGCCGGAUACCGCGGGCCUGCCACUAUCCCGCCAGGCCAGCGUCGCCUACAGUAUCAGCUACGAUCCCAUCCCCAAUGUCGGCCAUCCGGUAGAGAAGCCACGGACUCUUGCUCCGUAUGAAGUGUCGGCGGGUAAACGAUUCGCCCAGGUGUUCGUCGGCGUCUUCUCGUGCGUGACAGCCUCCGGGAUCGUUUUUGGCUUUGACGCUCUCAAGUCGAUCCUGAUCGACGAGAAGGUCUAUCGAGAAUACUGCACCGAGGACGAACUCCGCGACAAUGUUCGAGUAUGUUAUAUGCAAGACCAAAGGUUGAACCUCAUGUUCAUCAUAGCAUCAGUGACGACCAACAUCUCCGCCUUGCUGGUCGGCCGGAUCCUCGACCGACACGGCCCGCGGGUCUGCGGCAUCGUCAGCGCCAUCCUGCUGGCCCUAGGAAGUCUCUGCAUGGCAUUUGCCCAAGAAUUGCCCUUCGACGUCUACUACGCGGGCAGUUUCAUCCUGUCGCUCGGCGGGACCUUCACGUUCGUCCCGACAUUCCACCUGUCCAACACGUUCCCGCGAUUCCAAGGCCUGAUUCUCGCGCUGGUGACGGGCGCCUUCGACGCCUCGGCCUCGGUCUUCCUCAUCUUCCGCCUCCUCUACCAGUCCACGCACGGCGGGUUUGGACCGCGCCAGAUCUUUCUGGUGUAUCUGGUGUUCCCGAUCUUCAUUCUCGUUUCGCAACUCACCAUGAUGCCGUCCCGGAGCUACGAGACCCGAACCGAGCUGGAGACUGGUCUCAAGAUGGAACGUGCCACCACCGACGCGACCGACUCGGACGACGAGCUCGACACCGCCACCACCACCGCCACCGCCGAAGUCAGGCACCUUCGCAGCCGCCGCAGACAGUCCAUCACCUCGAUUAACGAGCUGCUCGGCACGCGCGCCGAACGCGCCGAACACGACAAGAAGGAACGCGAGAAGCGUGUCACCAGCGGCGUCUUUGGCGUUCUUCAUGGCGUCCCGGCGUCCAAACAGCUCCGCACGCCUUGGUUCGUGCUCAUCACCCUCUUCACCGUCUUGCAGAUGGCGCGGUUCAAUUUCUUCAUCGCCACCAUCUGGUCGCAGUACGUGUACAUGCUCGGCUCUGAGGCCCAGGCCAUGCGUAUCAUCGAGUUCUUCGAUCUCGCUUUGCCCAUCGGAGGCAUUGCGACCGUGCCUUUCAUCGGCGCUUUGCUGGAUCAUACCAGUACCGUGGCUGUUCUGAAUCUCUUGGUCUUGCUGAGUACCCUGAUUGGAGUGCUCGGGGCGGUUCCCACACUUUGGGCGGCGUAUGCUAAUGUCACGCUGUUCUGUCUGUUCAGGCCGUUGUAUUACUCUGCCAUGUCAGACUACGCCGCCAAAGUCUUCGGCUACGCCACCUUCGGCACCGUCUACGGCGCCAUCAUCUGCCUCUCGGGCCUCUUCACCUUCACCCAGUCAGGUCUGCAGGCGCUGGUGCACAACGCCUUUGACGACGACCCGGAACCCUUGAACCUGGCGCUCGCCUCGGCCGGGCUGGUGCUGGGCGUCGUGCUGGUCAUGUAUGUCGAUGUCAAGGGACGAGCAAUCCAGCGGGAACGAGCUAUGGCUGCGGCUCCGGCUGCGGGUCAUGCGAACCGUGGUGGUACCGGUGGAAAUGGCAGUACUAUUACCGACGAGAGAAGAGCACUCUUACAACCCUCUGCCAGAUACCCAAAUCCGAAUCUCAACGGCAACACUACCACGAAUACAAAUGGAAAUGCAAAGUCAGACGUGAGCGCAGGUGGCUACGGCUCAAUGUCAUCGGGAGCCGGUCUUGAUGAUCCGGAGAGAGGAAGUGGAGAGCAAAGUCAAAGUCAAGGUCAAGGUCAAGGUCAAGGUCAAGGUCAAGGUCAAGGUCAAGGUCAAGGUCAAGGUCAAGGUCAAGAUUAA